CAAGCAAGCAAGCGCAUGGGAUAUUUGUUUAUUUAUUUAUUUUGCCCGGUCUCUGUCUUGUCUCUUUCCUUUCUUCCCACCACGUCGCCCAUCUUUUAUCGCUCCCCAAGCGCCGCUCAAGGACACCGCUUUGGCAUCAACACCCGAAUGGCCGAGCCAGGAAUACCACAGCAGCGGUUCCAGACGUUCCGUCCACACUACAGCUCUGACCUUUUGCCUGCGUUCAACAAUCGAAUUGAUGUCCGUAUAACUACUAUUGAUGACAAGGAUAUUGUUCUCUGGGGUGACAUUCAGGCUGCCGUUCAUAAUGCCGAAUACAUCACAUACGAAGGCCAACCGAUAGAUUUCCUCGUCGACGAAAAGGAAAGAGAGAUUACGCCGCUUCGGAUUUUGGCACAGCCUACUAAGGUAUUGAAUGUGGUCGUUCAGGCACCUACGAGAGCUCAAGCUUCAGGAAGGAGAGGACCUGGAGCACUGUCGAAUUUGAUCGCACACUCACAAAUGCAGUCGGCAGUCUCAGCAUCCGAAUUUGAAUCACUUCCUUCCUGGGCAACUUCACCCUCAAUGAUAUCUUACGACAACACUCCUAAUCGGGCAGCAGAGCCUUUCAGAAACCUCUCGCAUACGCCUCCAACAUAUUUAAUAUCGAUUUCCGCAGCAACAACGGCUGACUCGUGUAACGACGGCGCUGUGUAUCCCGACAGCCUUUGGGACUCUCACCGCGACACCGAUCCACCGACUCUCAGCAGUAGCGUCAGCAGCAGUGGAACCUUCUACAGUGUGCCAACGAGACAAAAUUCCAUGGCACAAACGGAGCCGGCUACAGACAGUGAGGAUGAAGACGAGGGCAAGGAUGAGGACGAAGAUAAGAGUGAGGACAGAGACAAGGACAAGGACGAAGAAGAUGGACUCAGCACGUCGCUCGUACCACCUAGCCCCGCGCUGUACCUGACCACGGAUCUUUUCGCUGAGCUCAGCAGGGACUCAACCCCCAUGAAUAACGGUGGAAUGACAGCUUCAGCUCCUCACAGUGGCUACACUCCUUCCGAAGCCGAGAGUACAGACCUUAGCGACUCAAUCCGGAGAAUCACCUUGCGGGAUGAGGGCAUCACCAUUCUCUCUGUAUCCACAGAUGCCUCAACGUCCGCCCUAUCGGCAAGUAGUGCUCGGGUACAUUUCGAGGAUACAGCCAGCAACCCGACUAACGCCCAUGCUCGUCAGUUUGGAAGGAUCCCUUCGAUAAGUAAGGGACGAUCACAAGGAGUUAAUUCCAACCUUCAUUCUGUGAAUACCAUCCCAGCGCCAAGAGAUGUCCAAGGACAGGUCCUGCAGUAUAUGGAGCAGCUGCAGUCUCUACUGCUGCAUGAGGUGCCGAUGCCGCAGCUGUUCAUUGUCAUGCCAAAGAGCUGUCCGAACGAAAACCAGGCCAGGCCUUAUGCGGAUGGAUAUCGUCUCUUUUGGAUCUGCGAGCAUGGUGGCGAUCACCCAGAUGGAUUCACUGUCAACGUCGAUAGAGCACAUGAGGAUCCAGGAUGUUAUCUAGAGGCUGUACACGGAGGAUUCGAACUGGAGCGGCAUUCGGAGUUUUUCAUGAAGUAUGGCGAUAUCCUACAACUGAAUCUGCAGGCGUUCAUGUACAGUCGGCACAACGAGGCGAUGAGCGAACCACCAAGGUCGGCACGGAGUAGUGGGCCGAGGAAGGAGAGCGUUGGGUACGAUGAAGGAAUAGUGUUCUUGGGGAAAGCACUCGGCAUGACCAAUCAGCAAGUGGAGUGGAGUCUAACCUGGAUCCAGAACCAUCUGGUAUCGCUGACGCUGCACUCCACAACGAUGAACCGGUCGGACGCGCGGAACGGGGCGAAAGACCGAGCGUGGCGCCUGACACCGGACGAUCUGAAGGAUUUACGGUCAUAUAUUUGCCAAGCCCCGGAUCCAAGCGCGGGACCGAAGGAGCGCGGAAACUUGUAUCGGUCUGUCGACGCCAGCGGUCAUGUGCGAUGGGUCUGCUCAAUCCACUAUUGCGAGCUCCAUCCGUUCUUUUUCCCCAUAUACGUCAAAGAGGCUUUAAGGAGCUCGGAGAGUGGAUACUACGGCAUGAGGAUGGGGCAAAUUUCUAUGCAGCCGCGCUCAGGUAUCGAGGCGUUGAAUAUCUACAGUUCACUGGUUGCGAUCUCCGGCUGCCUGUCCGAACUGACGCUUGAGAUUUGCUGGGAUGUGACAUUGGAGGAGUUGAGGAAUCUUCGUGACGCGAUCGUCUGCUUCGGAGUGGUCUGCGUCCAACUCACAGGACCAGGGCUCCGAAGAGCCUCUGCGGCCCAUGCGGAAGUCAUCAUCGAGAUUCUGUCGCAUCCACGGAUCCAGUCCUUUAAGUUGGAGUGUGCUCAAGGAAUCCUAAAACAUCUCACAUCGGUCAUGUUACCGACGAUAUUUCCGGGGCUCCGAACGCUGGAGCUGAGUCUGGAGACCACAGGAUCGGACUUGGAUACUAUCAGCCGAGGGCUCUCCUCAGUGGUCAUGACUGCCCUUGAGCUGCAGGAGCUGGUUGUAAAAUGGGAAGAGUUCGAGGAAGUUUUUGAUCUCGAGGAUUUUCUGCGGAGAAUCACUUUUGAGCUGUCCGAGCCCAUCAGAGUUUCGCUAGAGAUCCGAGGGCACAAGAUCGGCUUGACGACACGUAGGGAUGGGGCUUGCGAUGCCUCGGUCGAGUGCUCGGAUUUGUUGAUUGCAUGGUCGAACCAUUUGGUUUCUGGCGGACGGGUUGGGAAGCUGACGAUCACGAAUACUAUAGAUAUGAUGGACAAGAGCAAUCACGAGUUGAUCGAACGGAUCUUGGAGAAUUCUUGUUCAGCAUUGAGGGUGCUCCAGCUGAAUUGCGAUAUGCACCACUUCAAGACUGCCGCAGAACUGAUCAGAGAAUAUCUACUGAAGCAGCAGCCUCGUUGUGGGUUCAAGUACCUUUUUCUGGUGGACAGCACGAGGCCCAGUGCUGUGAGCAAAUGGAAAGUUUCAUUCCCGUUUGAAGCAGCAUCGAUUGCUUAUGAGGUCAUGUAGUUCUGAAUAAAAGGAUAUACCUCCAAGAAACACUGGAUCCUGUGGCGACAUCUAUGGCCUGCACGGAAGAACGUUGCGGAUAAAACUAGUUGUGUCAAAGGGGUACUUUCAGCACUAUCUGGACUAUUCUAGCUUUAUUAUAGCCCAUCUCAAAAUGAGCAACAUGUUUCCUAAUAUGG